AUGGAGUCUGUAGUACCAGGACGUGGCCAUCGCGACCAGCCUUUCACUAUCCAUGAAGAUGCUCCCUCCACCGCCGACACCGAAAUGCUCGAAAGCGCGUCACCUGAAGAUGACGACAAUGUUGAGCAGAUGGAUGACAUGGCGGAUGAUAUGGAAGGUGCCGAUGAUGAGGACCAGGAAUCAGAUUAUUCCGCGAGUUCAGAUGACGAAGUGGUGGAGGACCCCUAUGUGCUGCAAGACAUGGAAAAGCUCCAAAACAGCUUUCCUGGUUUUCGAGAAAAGUACCGGUUGAUCAAGCGCAUUGGCGAAGGAACCUUCUCUACUGUUUACAAAGCAGAAGACCUACUCUACGAUGACUAUGAUAACUCCUGGGAUCUGGACAGGGAUAACGACAGAUACGCACCGCCGCCCCUGCGCUCAGGCGACGGUGCAGAGGCACAGCCAUCAAGGAGAAGGAAGCCCAAAUAUGUGGCCGUCAAGAAGAUCUAUGUUACAUCCUCACCGAGUCGCAUCUUCAACGAGCUCGAUCUUUUGCACGACCUUCGGGGAUGUAAGGCUGUUUGCCCCCUUAUUACGGCUUUCCGGUCUGCAGACCAGGUCAUCGCCAUCCUACCCUACUUCCGUCACGCUGAUUUUCGCGAUUAUUUCCGCGACAUGACCGUGACGGACAUGGCAAUCUAUCUCCGUUCUCUCUUCACUGCCCUGGCCAGUGUCCAUUCUCACAAUAUCAUCCACCGCGAUAUCAAGCCUACCAACUUCCUCUAUAAUCCGGCCACGAGACGUGGUGUCCUCGUCGACUUUGGUCUUGCUGAGCGCGAAGGCUAUGACUGCAAGCCGUGUGUCUGCCACGAGCCAAUGGCUCGUCGAAUGAAGAGGGCCGCGGUGAAGAAGCUUGCGGCUAUGCCGCGGAAGGGUGGCUAUCCACGCGAUGAUACACGCCCUUCUCGCCGGGCCAAUCGUGCUGGUACCCGCGGUUUUCGUGCGCCCGAAGUUCUGUUCAAAUGCACCGAGCAGACCACCAAGAUUGACAUUUGGAGUGCCGGCGUUAUUCUGCUGACUAUCCUGUCAAAGCGGUUCCCAUUCUUCAACUCAGCCGACGACGUCGAAGCUAUGAUCGAGAUUGCCACCAUUUUCGGCUGGCACCGGAUGCAGCAAACAGCGGCGCUGCAUGGCUGCAUGUUCGAAACAACUAUUCCCACAAUUGGCAAAUCUGGAUUUAGCUUCGAGGCUAUCAUCCUCUGGAGCACUAAUCGCAGCGGUAAGGAACUGCCCGAGGACGAGCAGCUGGCUGUCGAGUUCCUUAAGCGGUGCAUGGAGCUGGAUCCUAGCAAGCGCAUUAGCGCUGAGGAAGCGUUACGACACGAGUUUCUUCAACUGGGGCUUGAGCAGGAGGCGGAGGGCAAGGGAGAGACAGGCGACGACGAGCUAGACAUCCUCAAGGUGUGA